AUGGUUAUAAUUGAAAAAAAUAUUAAAGAUGAUGAGCCAUCUAUUCAAUAUUUAAAUAAUUCAACAUAUAUAUUCAAUUUGUUGCAAGAUACAAGGAGAUCUAAAAUAAUAAUUGAUGUUAGAUCAAAAGAGGAUUACGAUAAAUUACAUAUCAGAACAGCAGUUAAUGUUCCUCCACCAUCACCAUUUGGAAUUAGCGAAAAGGAUAAAGAGGGCAAUAUAUGGAUUAAAAAUUUUGAUAUUGCCACAUAUAUUGCAUCAAUACCUAAAGUUAAACUAUGGAAUGUUUUAUUUCAAAAAGUUGUGGUAUACAGUGACAGAGAAUUCAAAGAUUAUACAAACGAUUUCGUCAAUAAAAAAGAAGAAGAAAUUAAUGGCAAAAAAACUUCAUAUGAGGUUAGUUUUAAAUUAUCUGAUUGGGAAGAUGUAGUAUUACAAUACUUUUUGACCCAAAGAAAAAAGUCAAAAGUCACUGUGUUCCAAAAUGGUAUUGUUUCAUUCGAAUCCAACUAUCCAUUCGUCUGUAAUCCAUCCGAUGUUGUAAUAGCCGAGCCAAUGUAUGCUUCUGAAAUUAUAGAAAACUUUUUAUAUUUAGGUGGCCAAUCAAAUGCUGAAAUUAGAAAGCAAAUUAAAAAUUUAAAAAUUACACAUAUUGUAAAUAUGGCAUCAGAAUUAGAGGACUCUUAUCCUCAUAUUUAUAAAUACUAUAGAGCAGAUUUAGAUGAUACACCAAGAGCAGAUAUUCAUCAACAUUUUGUACCAAUUAUAAAUUUUAUUAAUUUAGCUAAACAAGAUGGUGGUAGAGUACUAGUUCAUUGCGCAAUGGGUAUUUCAAGAAGUGCUUCCGCAGUAAUAGCAUACUUGAUCAAAGAAAAUCAAAUGUCGUAUCAAAAUGCAUUUGUAUAUGUAAAAUCAAAAAGAUCUUUUAUUAAUCCAAAUUUUGGUUUUGUUUCCCAAUUAAAAGAUUUUGAAUUUUUUUUAAAAAAUGAAAAAAAACCAAAAUCAGAAUCAGAAUCAGCAACACAAACAUUAGAUAGUUUGGUUACAGAUAUUAGUAUUCAGUUGAAUGUUAAUAAAUAA